AUGGGCCGAAAGUUGGAUCCCACUAACAAGGUAAAGCGCGGUCCUGGGAAAAAAGCCAGAAAACAGCAAGGGGCGGAAACAGAGUUGGCGAAGUUCAUAAAAGAUGAUGAAUCGGAGCCAAAACGUCAGUCUAGAAGAGCCAGGAAAAGGACCGCUAAAAGAGUUGCCAACAAUUUGACAAAGGCUAAGGAGGCUGUUGAGGAGCAGACUAAAAAAGGCUUCACCGAUGACAACAGUAAAUGGCUGAAGCCGACGAAUAGGAAGCGCAAACUGGAUGAAUCCGACGGCGAGGAUGACAGCGACGAACACUGGGAGGAUGAAGACGAUUAUGAUGAAAAAGAGGAGGAAGUUGAAGAGCCACAGCCGAAGAAGGGAGGCCAGAAAAAAGUUAAAAUGAACACCCAACUUGGGAUGGAGGAACUGGAUGAAGAGGAGGAGGACGACAAGGAGGAUGAAGAAAUGGUAGAUGACUAUGGUGCGCUUGAUGAAGAGGAAAGUGACGAGGAAGAGCUUCUUCCAAUUGAGCGUGCAGCCAAGAAAGAAAAGAAGUUGAAGGAAACUAUGGGCCUCGAGAGUGAUGAAGAUGAUGACGAGGAGGAGGACGCGGAUGAGGAGGAAGACAAAGAUGAUGAUAAGAAAUCAAAUGAGGAAGAGGAGGAAACAAUACAAACCAAUAUAGACGACUUGGAUCAGUUUAGGCUCCCCGCCGCAGAGGAGAGUGAGAAAGAAGGAUUCCUGCCCGUGGACCUGAAAGUCAUCCACCAAAGAAUUAAGGACAACAUCGACGUCCUUUGUAACUUUUCUUCCAAGAGAGAGCCUGGGAAAGAGAGAGGUCAGUACCUCGCUCUGCUGAAAAAGGAUCUUUGCACCUACUACAGCUACAACGACUUCCUCAUGGAAAAGUUCAUGGACCUCUUCCCUCUGUCUGAGCUUGUGGAUUUCCUCGAGGCGAAUGAAAUUCACAGACCGGUCACUAUUAGGACCAACACGUUAAAAACCAGGAGGAGGGACCUUGCACAGGCCCUGAUCAACAGAGGAGUGAACUUGGACCCACUGGGAAAGUGGUCCAAAGUUGGUUUAGUUAUUUAUGACUCCUCUGUCCCCAUUGGUGCAACUCCCGAGUACCUAUCUGGCCAAUAUAUGCUUCAAGGCGCCUGCAGCUUUCUGCCAGUCAUGGCACUUGCACCACAGGAUGGGGAGUCCGUGUUGGACAUGAGCUCCGCCCCUGGAGGAAAGACCACCUAUAUUGCUCAGUUGAUGAGAAACACUGGGGUGAUCGUCGCAAAUGACGCGAAUGCUGACAGAUUGAAGAGCGUGGUGGGCAACAUUCACCGUCUCGGGGUCACCAACACGUUAGUGUGCAACUAUGAUGGCAGGCAGUUCCCAAAGGUCAUGGGGGGCUUUGACAGAGUGCUACUGGACGCGCCGUGCUCAGGAACAGGGGUCAUCGCUAAAGAUCCUGCUGUAAAGAACAGCAAGGAUGACCUCGACAUCCAGCGGGCAGCCCACUUGCAGAAAGAAUUGAUCCUGUCUGCUAUUGACUCUGUCAACGCUAAUUCGACAACAGGAGGCUAUCUGGUCUACUGCACAUGCUCCAUAAUGAUGGAGGAGAACGAAUGGGUGGUGGACUACGCGUUAAAGAAAAGAAAUGUCAAAUUGGUUCCCACGGGAUUGGAUUUCGGCAAAGAAGGCCUCACUAGGUUCAAAGAGCGUCGUUUCCACCCUUCUCUGCGGCUCACGAGGCGGUUUUACCCCCACUCGCACAACAUGGACGGCUUCUUUGUGGCCAAGUUUAAAAAGUUUUCCAAUGUGAUUCCAACUGCAUCCACAGGAAAAGAAGAUAAAAAAGCAGAUGCUCCCGAGGCGACGGAGGUGAACAGUUCUCCGAAUGAGAAAGCGGUCAAAGAAGACAAGACGAAGAAGAGCGUCCCUGGCAAGGCUGCAAAGUCAAAGCCAGAGGCUAAAACAAACGGAACAGCAGCUAAGAAAUCACCUCACUUCCAGCCUAAAGGCAAAAAGAACUCACCUUUUGGACCGAAAAAAGCAAAAGUCCCCAAAAUGGACGGAGGAACUGUGAAGGGACAAGAGGCUAAGGCGCCCGCGACCGCCGAAAAGAAAUCACCAAAGGCGGGGAAAAAGGCCAAGAGCAAAUUUGAAAAGCAACAAACUAACAAGAGAAAAACACUUUUGAAAGCCAACAAUAGAAUGGGAAAGCGUACAUUCAAAAAGAUGAAAAAGAGGCAAGGGAAGGCUCAGAAGCAUUAA